CACCCCUAGGUCACGUGAUUUAGCUUUUGCGUGUCCUUGGUUUUUAUGUGAGGAGGAGAAACAUGUCUUUUCCUAAAAAUCCUAUAAGUAAAGCUUUGGAGGUUGUACAAAAUCUGCCGCGCAUUAGUUUAGUAAACCUGCGGCCGGAACCAGGCACAAAGAAGCGGGACAGGCGGCGGGGACGAGGACAGCACGGCGGGAACAGCAGCGGCCGAGGACAAAGAGGACAGCGAAUGAGAGGCAACCAACCUCGGCUGGGAUUUGAGGGUGGAAACACUCCGUUUUAUCUGUCGAUCCCUAAAUAUGGCUACAAUGAAGGGCACAGUCGGCGCACUCAGUACCAGCCUCUGUCUUUGAAACGGCUGCAGUAUCUGAUUGAUCUGGGGCGAGUUGAUGUAACCCAGCCCAUUGACCUGACCCAGCUCGUCAAUGCCAGAGGAGUAACAGUCCAGCCUAGAAAGAGAGACUAUGGAGUCCAGCUUGUCGAUGAGGGUGCUGACAUUUUUGCUGCAAAAGUCAACAUCGAGGUGCAGCGAGCUUCUGAAGGUGCUAUAGCUGCUGUUGAGAGGAAUGGAGGGGUCAUCACUACGAGCUUCUAUGACCCCAUCAGUCUCGAGAUUCUCAUCAAGCCUGUCCCCUUCUUCUUACGUGGGAAACCUAUUCCAAGGCGAAUGUUGCCAGGGGAGGACAUGGUGCCAUAUUACACUGACCCUGAAAGUCGCGGUUAUCUGGCGGACCCAGAGAAAAUCCAGCAAGCCAGGCUGGAGCUGGCAAAGAAAUAUGGUUAUAUUUUGCCUGACAUUUCAAAGGAUGAACUAUAUCACAUGCUCUCCAUGAGGAAGGAUGUUCGGCAGAUCUUCUUCGGCCUUUCUCCAGGCUGGGUUGUUAGCAUGUCGGAAAAGAAGAUUCUGAAGCCAACUGAUGAGAAACUGCUUCAGUAUUACAAUUCUUAGGUGAUAAUGUUCAUUAUAUGGCAAAUAU